CCUUGGUGAUGAAAUAUUUACCCGCGAACGUUGCAGGAACGUUCGUCAUUCAAAGAUUGCAACUCAUGGUCGUUGGUAUCGUUCAUUUUGUAGCUGAAAAAUAGCAGAAAGCUUGAACUUUUGGAGCGAAGAAGACGUUCAGGAGGUUCCUAAAGACGAAAGGUAGUAAAUUAUUGUUUUAAAUAUCUAAGAAGUACUUUUUUCUUAGAUUUAUUUGAAACUAAAAGCGUGCGUCCUCUUAGGCGACUGCACAAGACAACGCAAGAAUCGGGUUAAACAGCUGUCUUUUGUCUGUUUUCAAGCCGUCUUUUUUAUUCCGAGAAGGCAUUUUUCAAUCCAAUUCGAUGCAUUUUACUUCCCUAACUUGUUUCAAAAUGUCAGAAACGUGUUUAGGCGAAGAUUCAAGAGUUUCAAAGCGGAAGAAAACGCGUCGCGGCAGACGGUGGCGACUGGAAGAGAAAAGAAAAUUUAUAAACGAAUACAUGAAACAGAGAAAGCAUAGAGUAGCGCCUUCAAACACUACACAAUUCCUCAUGGAAGACAGAGAAAAAGUUGAACCAAUAUUAAAUUUAUCACCAUCGUCUUCGGUGUCAACAGAUAAUGAAAGUCGAGAAGAAAAUGACUUCGAAAUUUAUGCUGAGUUGGACAAUUUUAAUGAGCAGUUCUUUCUGAAAGAUUUCGAAACUACAUAUCGUCAAUUACACCGUGACAAUCUUUACUCUCUUUCCAAAAUUGAGCUUUUGGAAAAGGUGAAAUAUUUAGAAAGUCACAGAGACAGUUUGGAGAAAGAAAGACAAUUGUGUUGUAACAGUACUAGUGGUAUCAACAACAGCCUAAAAGAACCAAUAGGAGACAUGUCUGACUCUUUAAAAAGCGAAUUUCUACAGUUGCAAAAGGAGAAUGAUUCAUUACGGCAAGAAAAUAUAAGCUUGAAGCAGAGCACAGCGAACGACAUGUGUUGAUCAGUGAGAUUAGUAAGGAGUUUUUCAAGAAGGCAGAGCCUGUGUGCAGAUGUUCAAACAACCCACCCACCCACACAGACCAAUAUCGGCAAAAGGUUCGUUUGAUAUUUCUUGGGUGAUUAACUAAUAUACCAACCACGGUAAUAACCUUUAUGUCGAACAAUUCUUACAUUUUCUGUUUGUAAGGAAAAAAACAAAGAAAAAGUAGUUUUACCAUAUUGAUCGAAAAAAUUCAUUCAGCUUUAUGUUAUAAUGUUAGGAAUGGUUUAGCUGAUCAAAAAUGUGUUCCAAACAAUAUGCUUCAUAAGUACUAGUCAAUUUCAAACAUUUUUGCAUAAUUUUGCCCACACUACCCAUAAUCCACCUGGGGAUUGGCAUCAGAUCAGUGCUAUUUUAAUAACUUGACUUUUAUUAAAAACAAAGCAAGUGCAAUUAGUACCCAGAUCCUAAACCUGCAGCGAUCCCAGCCACAAUAUGUUUGGCGUUCCUCAUAAUAGCACUGGAUGUUGUUUUUAUGUUUCUUAAUUAAAAUUAUUGAAAAUAAUAAGGUCUGAGGGGGAACAGGUUUGUUUGAAAUUGACUAUUACAAAUUGAUUGAUAUUUUGUUACAUAAAUUAUAAGUUGGUGAGAAAACAUUCGUAGAAAAUAGUGUGUUAUAAAUACGAAAUUGCAAAGUACUGGGUUGAACAUAAAGAAAACUUGAAGUGUUGUUUUAUGUUUAUUUUGAAGUAACAGGUAGCUUUAUUGAUUUGGUCUAAUGAUUCAGAAUUCUUCUAGAUCACACUGUUGAAUUCCAUGACGACCACCCGCUGUGUAUUAAUAAUCCAUUGCAACAAUAGAUAAGGUAAAUAUUCUCUCAUUUUAGUAUUCCUUGGGGAGUUAUUGUGCAAAAGAAUGUAUAAUUUGAAUUUUUGUAAAAUACUUCUGCCUUGGCUUAUAGCAAAUGUAAGAGGUUUAUUGUACUUUAGUAAGGAUAAAAUACAUGUAGUUUGUACAAUAUUUAGACAUUGGUCCAGUGUUUGCAACUGUGUCAUGCUAAACACUUGUGGAAUUUUUAAGCACAGCAAAGAUAGUACUAAAUAGUUUUUCUGUGUAUUAUUGAUUGCUGAGAAGGGAAUUAUUUACUAACCAGGAAGAAAUAUUACAAAUCAGAAUUAGAUUAUGCAGGAAAUACUUUCGAGACUGCCAAUCUAAUGGUCUGUUUUAUUAUUCAAGCUGUUCAUUGACAACAUGUCAUGGCUGGAGACCAAGGAGUACACAUCACUGGUAUGGGAUGCCUUGGUUUGUAGCUGGUUUUUUCCUUCUCUAGACAAGGUUUCCAUUUGGUUGUGUUAAGUCAAGGUGAUAAUGUAGUGUCAAAAUAUAUCUUUGCAAGUAGUCAAGAUGUCAUAGGGACCAUUUACACAAUACUAAAUUGGGUUAUUCCAGAAACCAUCCAUAGAAAAAAUUGGAACUAACCCCCUCAGAUGUCCUAAUGCACUUUCAGAAGUAAAGUUUUUCUCCAGAUGGCAGAAAUUUCCUCGGUGGGAGUGUGGAUAUUUUCUGGAACUACCCAUUCACUUGUCCCAGCAGUCCCAAAUUUAACUGCUUGAUACCUCAAAUUGCGACUAUAUGAUAGAAUAAGACGAAAAUUGAGUGGGGGGGGGGGUGAGGAUAUUAUUCCUGAGUGGCAUAUAUGUUCAUGUCAUCAAGUGGAUUACCAUACCUCACACAAUAGACAUAAUUGAUCCAGAUUAGUUCACAUUAAUUGUAAUUACAUUGACUUGGUCACGACUGCUGCAGCCAAAUGGAACCUGCCUUUGCAAUCCAGUUGUAUUCUUUUUAGAUGAAGGUUUUUACUUGUAAAUAAUGUAGAAAGAAAAAUAGUAGCCAAUUAUCGUAGUUUAAUGCCUUAUUUAAUAAUAUUCACAUGGGUAAAAGAAAUAAAUGAACGCACAGAUGUGUGCAUGAUGUUUCCUUGUGGUGUACAAGAAAAUUCUUUAUAAGUAUUGCUAUCUCUUUCCAAGAUUCUGGUAAUUGUAGUUUUGGACCACAAGCAGGAAUCAUUAUGCACAAGGUCUAUUUGUCUUCUCAAUGAACGUAGAAUUAGUUUGCAGAAUACUUUGUGACAGGAUUCUAAGUAAAUACUCCUUGUAAUUUGUGUAACUGAUUGACACACCAUAACUAAUACAUCACAUAUUAAUAAAAAAUUUGACACUAAUCUUUAAUUAAUUAACCAUAUAAAUUUGUCCAAGCAGUAUGUUUUCCACCAGGCAACAUUGCCUCUAGUGGAGAAUGAUUUCAAGCAACAGCAUGGCUUGCACUUGCCAUGUAAAAUUCUUGUAAUUUUUCUUUGAAGUGUGAAUGGAAAGCACAUCGUGGGUGGAAAGAACAUCAUGCAAUCAACAAUCAUCUCAUUUGUAUUACACCAACUUCCAUUAGUUUCUGGAUCUUCCUUGCAAUGUCUGGGUUUUUGAGAUGGCUAAUCGAAGAAAAAGAAGAUUUUCAGGAAAUAUGUCCCCAACUUUUGCUGGGUUGAAUAUUAUUUCAGCCAGUGAAAGUGGGAGAACAGAUUUCCUGAAUUGUAGUGAUGUCCUAUGCUGACCUUUUGCUUCAAAAACUGAACUGUCAGAUAAGUGGCAGUAUUAAAUUGAAAUAGACAAAUGGACUCACUCUUGAAUUGCUCCAGAAUUUUCUGUCAUUUGUUCAAGGAUCAUCCUCAUGGCUGGAUCCCUUAGAAUUUCCUGGAAAACAGUAUGUAAUAAAUAAUUAAAAAACAGCAUUUAAGAUGGGAUUUCAAACAUUCACAGGUAAACUUGUGUUGUAAAAGUAAUUGCAAGUUAUGUAUCAAUUUCUACCUGUACUUCAGGGUCUGCCAUUGCUCUUCUUUUAACUUCUUCUGGAUCUGAAGAAGGUGUGGUAGAACUCACAUAACAUCUCUGUACACCUUCCUUGGCUUCCUAGAAUCAGCAAGUCAUAUUACAGUUUGAAUAACUAUUAGGUAGUGAAAGUUUCCACAAAAUACCACAUGCUAUAUUUUCAAAGCUUUCUAGUAUAUUCACACCCCAAAACUUAUACAUAUCAAAAAUGAAAUGUUGGAUAUAAAUAAAUUAUUUUUAUAUUGACAGAAUAAAUGCUUGCUAUAAUCUGUUCCAUUGGCUUAUUGUUUGUAAUUAUAACUUCUUUUUUACAAGCAAUCCAAAUUGUGCUCUAGUUUACUGUCUGUGUCCUUACCAACCUACAUGCAGUGGCUGCAGCCUCAACCUGAAUUUUUUUCAAUUUGGUUUGAGGCUGCAUGCAGGCUACGCCUUUACUCCCACUUUCUAUCAAUGCAUGUGCUCUGAGUAACAUCCAUUCAUUUAAAUAUUCACAACCCUGUUUCAAAGAUGGUUAACUUUUCUUACCUUAUUAUCGUUAUCAAGUUCUAAUGCUUUAUUAUAUGCAUCCAUGGCUUUGCUGAAUUCUUUCAUGGCAAAGUGGCAUGCACCUUUCCUUGUAUACCCCUUAACUAAAGAAUAUUAAAGGCUUAUUGGCAAAGAAAUUUGGACCCAGCAUUAACUUUUGUCAAUGUUUUUGUAAGUAAUAUUACACAAAGCUUACCAAAUGUUGCAUCUAAUUUGAUACACUCAUCACAGUCCUGCAUAAGAAGAAAUAUUAAAUUAUUAUUUUCUCUACAAGUAGUCACUACUGUAUAUAUGGCAUACCUUGAGGGCAAGACGAAGCUCGGCUAACUUCUGAUAACAAGCAGCUCGAUUGCUGUACAGUUUUGCAUCAUUAGGAUUUCUUUUUAUGGCUUCUGUGUAAUGUUUCAUUGCCUCGGGAAAUGCACCUAAAGUGUGAGAAGUUUAAAGCUUGGUAAAAGUACUGAAAAAGGUAACGAUAUGUAAUGACUGGAUUAAAUCCCACCCUAUAUAUGUCCUGUUCAGCUUUCCUUACCAGGUGCCAUGAUACAGGAUUACCUUUUUUGAAAAGCUCAUUUCCCUUUUGUCGUUCCUCCUCUGCCAGCUCUGGGUUUAUAUAGGCCAGGUUUUCUUUUUCCUUUAUAUCUUUCUUUAACUGCCAGUGUAAAAAUAAUGCUAGAUAUUGAUAAGUGUGCAACAUGAUCAGACAAAACUACUGCAGUAAUCAGGUAGGUUUUACCAGUGUUGGAUGUGGUCAAUAAGCUUGUCCUCUAACAUUUCAACCAUACCUUGUUGGUCUUUUUCACAAUAGCAUCGGAACGAAAUUCUGUCAAAGAUCUUUCAAAGUAGUGGAGUGCUUCUUCAAUUUUAUCUUGUUUGAGAUAAACAUUCCCUAUUCUUUCAAGGGCACUAGAAAUUGGGGAAAAUAUUUAAUUUUAUGCAGUCUGUACUAGAGGUGUGCAUUGGAUUGGAUUGGAACUUCAUAAUCCGACAAUUGGCUAAUGUUUAAAUUCCGAUACGAGUUUUGAUAAAGAAGUCCGAUCCGAAGAAUCCUUUAAUUAAUAAAAUAAAUUUCUCGUUCAAGUGGAAAUAUUUAACCAAAUAAUUAUUAUAUAUAAUUCAUUUUAUUUUGAAUAUCGAAGUCCGAUCCGACUACGAAACAACUUGAUCAAUCCGAAAUGACGAUUUUUGUUCCGAAAUCCGAACGGAUCAGAUUUUCACACCUAGUCUGUACAGUCCUCGUCAUUUGAAAGACAAGUGAAAAGUUAGCUUACCGAGCAAUUAUUUUAAAUUCAGCUUUGUGUUCUCUCCCUUGUUCUACAGCCAGCUCACAAUCUUUAAUACAUUUGUCAUAUUCAUCUUUCUCAAAGUGCGCAGCUAUUUGGAGGUGCAAUU